AGAUUUGGUUCCGGACCGAUCAAGCCUGUACAUGUCACAAUUUGUAACAUUAAUUGAUUCCCUGCAGGAGAAGAUUAGCGGUUGAAGAUCUUGGACGUGGGAAGAGAAGAAGACAUUCAGCCUAUUUUUAACAAUUGCGAGAAGCAAGAUUCAUACAAAUCGUAUUGUCGCCAUUUGAACAGAACCUUCUACACAUCAUUUAUGAGAAAGAAGAUUCCAUUUCAACAGAACUAUGAACCAAAGCUCAAUCAGACUUUGGAAACAGCAGAAGUUUGUUUCAGUUUUCAAUCGAAGGGUGACAACUCAUACUUUGAAACGAAGGGAGAUAACUACUGAUGUCAGGAAAAUCCAAUAUCCUUUCCCUAAUAGUGUGACAGAUGUAAUUGACAUGAGAUCAGAAGAGUUGUAUAAAAAGAACCAUAUUCCUGGGGCUAUCAAUAUUCCUUUGGUCAGCAUUGUCUUAGGAAAGAAGCACAACACCAAAUGGAAAAAAAGUGAUUAUUUUGCAAAAAAAGACAUGGUCAAGAAAUGCACAAACCUUUCAUUGAGUGAAUAUUUCAUUAGAAAGAAGUCUCCAAAUUUCCAUCCUCUUGUUUACUGUGAGGCAGGAGGUUUGGUAUCCAAUAUGGCAGUUCAUAUUGCAACAGAGGCUGGAUUAGAUGCUUUGUAUGUGUUGGAGAAGGGCUAUCUCUUAUAUAUGAAACAGGUAGUCGAGGAUCUCAACAGGCUACCACUGCAGUUCACUUUCAAAGUUAUUUCAGGUUUCACAGGAACAGGAAAGACAUUUCUACUGAACAAACUCUCCGAGGAUGGCCAUCAAGUUCUCCACCUUGAAUGCCUUGCCAAACACAAAGGUUCUAUGUUAGGUCUAUGGUAUGGAGAAACUCAGCCACACAAAGACCACUGGCUAGCCCUAUUAAGAAAUGCUCUAGCCAGUUUUGACCCUUCAAAGCCAGUAUGGGUUGAAUCAGAAAGUCAGCGUAUUGGAGCAUUGUAUAUUCCUCCAGUUUUGUUCAAACAAAUGUGCAAAGGAGACAGAUUUAAGAUUGUCCUUCCAACAGAAGAAAGGAUUAAAUGUUCGCUAAGGGAUUAUCCAUAUUGGUUGGAAGAUAAAGAAACUUUGAUACAUAUUGUACGGAAAUUAGAAAUAUAUCGGGGCAAGGAAAAGGUGAAUAAUUGGAUUACAUUGAUCAAGAGUGAAAGAUGGGAGGAGUUUGUUCAUCUGUUGCUGGUAGAACAUUAUGAUCCUACCUAUAAAAUAUCUCAACAGAAAAAUAAACGGACAAGCAAUGAGGUGGAAGUUUUUAUGGAAAAUCAAUCUGAUGAAGUAGUGAAAUCAACUCUGGACUUUUUAACAAGAUCACAAGCCUAUUUACAGACUACUUGAUACUCCAAACAUUUGAUAAAAACAGAUUUCAUUGUGUUUGUCAUCAAACUGAACUUGAUUGUGUGCAUGAUAU